AACGUGGAGAACUGGUACCUGUACCGAAGGACCUCCUCCUUUCAGGUGGUUGAGUGCGUCAAAUGGCAGUGGCUGAACUACUCCCUGGGUGUGAACAAGCUUGGCAGAAAGAACCGUCUGGCCAGACACCUGGAGCAUGGAAAGAGAGGGUAUGGUGUGUUCCUUUAGGAAUUCACCCCGAUAGUUGUCAUGACCUCCAACUACACAGACUUCAUGCCUAAACUCAAGGAGAAGCAGAUACCAGGGACCAAGCCCAGCUACUGGAUUUGCAGGCCAGCAGAAUUAUCUCAUGGGAGGCAUAUAAUAAUUUUCAGCAACAUUAAAGGUCUAAUCUUUGAUGGCAUAUGUAAAGUCUGGAAAUGUAUCUGCAACCCUUUACUCGUUGGUAGAGGCUUUAAGCCUUUGACCACUUAUAUGUAUCCAGAAAACUUAGUAUGGUUUGCCACAGAAAAGUUUGACCAUUGUUAGCAAAUCAAAAAGGUGGUUGAUUGUGGCUGCAAGUGAACUCUCAGCCAGUUCUUCUCCAACCUUCUCAACCAGGAUGUGAAUGACCUGCUAUUGUGGCAUCAAAUCCAUCCUGUGAUUAUUCCCAUCAACAUCAUCAUCUCAUCAUCAGUGCUCUUCAUUGCCAAUUGCAUUCAGCUCUUUUGGUCUGAUAUUUUGAUGGAUGACAACUUGAACUAUGCUUUUAGAAAUCAAGUAAGUUCCACCUUGUCCUUACAUUGUUCGACAGAUGUAUUUCUGAAGAGAAAACUUGUCCUCGAUAUUACUGAAUUGGUUUGCUUAAAUGUUCUGAUAAAUGAGGAGAAAGAAUGCAAUAAAGCUACAAAUGGACAUUCCAAUGUCUCCUUUGCCAAUAUUGACCAUCAGAUGAAGAUUACCCUCAGUAUCUUGUCAGAUGCUGGUGAUUCCCAAGCAGGCAACUUUGUUCACAUUUUUCCUUUUAAUGAAGCGACUUUUUGAGUUUUCAGAAAUGGACUAAAUGUCAAAGUUACCCAAGAUCUCCAGAAACUAGUGAAUAAUUAA